AUGGCAGGUAAUGCGAAUUCCAAUUUAGACGAGCUGUUGGUGGCCCUGCUGGCAGAGUACAAACCACAUCUACAAACUCACAGUCAUAGAAUGAAAACAUGGGAUGAUCUACUUAAAGAGUUUAACAGGCGAUCCGGACUUCGGUAUCGACAAACCAGGACGUUGAAAAGAAGAUUUGACAAGUUAUGCUCUGUGUAUUUGAAAUAUGGGAGUGUUAAGGUAAUGAAUUUUGAUACAUUUAAACAAUUAGUUUUUGAGUUUGAGCAUGAACGGCAGAAGUCUAGCAGUUCAACUAUCGAAACAAGCAACGCUUUAAAUCGGUUAGCACGUAAAUUAUCUGAAACAGGUGAAAUAAAUGAUCCGCCAGUUGGGAAAGCUCUCGAAGAAGUGCAACAUGAUGACGUUGAGGACGACGGCAACGUUGAGGAUGACGAACGUGAUCCUAUAUCCGUUCCAAGUACGGCUAAUAUGGAAUCAGCAGAAAUUAUUCUAGACGAUAGCGAAGAUGACCAAACACCCCUAGAUUCUAUUACGGUGUUACCGCAUACUCAAAUGAAAAGAUUCAGGCGUCAACAAUUACAGGAGAAUAAGUUGCGUUCCGAUUUAGCGCACGAAACCUUAUCAAAUGCAAGCAAUUCAACGUAUGGAAACAAUGUGAAUGGACUGGAGGUGGAAGGGAGGGCUUCCAAUGAAGUGAGCUUACAACAACAAAUUUAUGAGCUACAAAACAGCAUAGAAGAAAGCAGGAGAAGAGAAGAGGAAUUUAGGCGGCAGGUAUCUUACAAAUUAGAUUAUAUAGUUUCACUUCUGAAGGAAUAG